AUGAAAGCAGAGGAAUCUCUGACACAGACAGAUCUCCUUCCGACUGAUCUCAUCAUGGAGAUAUUCAAAAGAUUACCGCUCAAAACCCUAGCAAGGUUUCUCUGCGUGUCGAAGCUUUGGGCAUCAUCCCUCAUUCGCAGCCGAUAUUUCAAGAAACUGUUCCUCGCCGAGUCUUUGAAACGACCAGGUCGUCUCUUCUUCAACAUCAGGCGCGGCAAAGCUUGCUGCUUUUAUUCGUCGCUUCAAACCCAAAAACCAGGUAAAGCCUCUGUAGCUACUUACCACAUGACACUUCCUUAUCCUAGAGAUAAGUUCACAAUCAUGUCUCCAUCUGUUCACGGUUUGAUUUGCCAUAGAACUUUCUCUAGUCUCAAGAUAUACAACCCUAGUACGAGACGAUCCAUUACCUUGCCCGAGUUCCAUGCUGAGAGGCCAUGGUUAGACAACCAUUACUUGGGUUAUGAUCCCAUUGAGGGUGAUUACAAGAUAUUGUGUAUGACGACAGGAACAAAUGGUUUAGCUCAAGAUGUUCAGGUUUUGACAAUUGGAGAAGGGAAUCAAUGGAGGAUGAUUGUGGAUUGUCCUCCUCCUCACUCGCCUACAAUUCCUCAGAUAUGUAUAGAAGGGGUUUUAUACUAUGGAGCAUGCACAAGAAGGCAGAACGGUUCUAAAGAACAUGUGAUCAUUUGUUUUGAUGUUCGUAAUUACCCUGGUUCAGUCCAUUUGUGUGUUUUAGAAGAUGCUGCAAAACAUGAAUGGUCGUAUAAGUGUUUCGGUUUGCCUAGUUUAGCUGGCUUUAGAAACUCGUUCCAGGUGUUUUGUGCCAUUGAUGAGACGGGCGAGUUUGUUUUGGCACCAAGAAAUUUGGAGGCACCACCAUUUUAUGUUUUGUAUUAUGAUCCCGAGAAAAAGAGCAUGAGAAGAGUCGGCAUUGAAGGAAUCACCAAGUUUUGGCAAAUUGGUCCCUACCCUCGUCAUCAAACUCGUACAAUCUUUAUCUUCCCUGAUCAGGUUGAGAAUCUCAUGUUUAUCUGA